CUGAAAGGAGUAAGGAAAACUCGGGUUGGAUAUGCAGGCGGAACGACUGUUAAUCCAACUUACAGAAAUAUAGGAGAUCAUACAGAGAAGAAAGUCGCUGAGCAAACUUAUGCUGAGGCAAAGAAGAAAUAUGGCAAUAUCGAGACUUACGUUGUUAAGCUGGACAAAUUCUAUCAAGCCGAAGAUUAUCAUCAAAAGUAUUGGCUGCGAAAUAGCCGCUUUUUUGAUGACUUAAAACUGAGCGAUGACCAGGUGGCAGAUUCGACUUUGGCAGCAAAGAUGAACGCGUACUGCGCCGGCUAUACUGAUUUUUCGGAACUGGAAGAGCUGAAGAAACAGCAUGGAUUGUCUGAGAGUUUAGUGGAGACGGUGAAGAAGUUCGCUUCUUCAGGAGGUGACCCAAGAGCUUGCCAUUAA